AUGGUUUUGACCCGCUUUGACCCUCUGCAGGAGGAUCUCACCAAGCAGUGGCCAGGUGCCAGCAGCACCCAGGAACAUUUGUGGGAGCGUGCUGUUGCCGAUGCCCAGAGACUGCAGCUGGGUGCCACCUACCCCAGAAAAAGCUCAUGUGAUCGUAUAGCAGCAGUGCUUCAGGGAUUUAAUAGUUAUGCACGAGUGCGAGCUGUGGUGAUGACCCGGGAUGACUCAAGUGGUGGAUGGUUACCACUUGGAGGGAGUGGACUAAGCUGCGUCACUGUCUUCAAAGUCCCUCACCAGGAAGAGGAUGGCUGCGCUGACUUUUUUAUCCGUGGAGAGCGACUCAGGGACAAAAUGGUGGUUUUGGAAUGUAUGCUUAAAAAAGACCUCAUUUACAAUAAGGUCACCCCAACAUUUCACCACUGGAAGAUUGAUGAUAAGAAAUUUGGCCUUACCUUUCAAAGUCCUGCUGAUGCUAGGGCUUUUGAUAGAGGCAUUCGAAGAGCUAUAGAGGAUAUUUCUCAAGGAUGCCCAACAUUUAAAAAUGAAGCUGAAGGAGUAGAAGAUGACUUACAAGCAACUGAAGAGGAUACUUCCAGUUCUCUAGUGAAAGAUCAUCUUUUCCCGCAAGAGACAGUUGUUACCAGUGAGCCUUACAGAAUCUCAAGACCUUCUGCCUUUGAAGGUCUGGAUGCCAGAAGAGUCUACUUACAAAGUCAAGCCAGUCAGAUAACAUUCAGUCAUCCGGGCCUAGACAUUCAGGGCAGAAGUAUAGAAUAUGUACAACGGCAAAUAUCCAAGGAAUGUGGAAGCCUAAAGUCCCAAAAUAGGGUCCCUUUGAAAUCAAUCCGACAUGUCAGCUUUCAAGAUGAGGAUGAGAUUGUCAGGAUAAACCCUCGAGAUAUCUUAAUACGUCGUUAUGCAGACUACAGACAUCCUGACAUGUGGAAAAAUGACUUAGAGAGAGAUGAUACUGAUUCCAGUAUUCAAUUUUCUAAACCAGACAGUAAAAAAUCAGACUAUCUGUACUCUUGUGGGGAUGAGACUAAGUUAAGUUCACUCAAAGACUCUGUGGUAUUUAAGGCACAGCCUUCCUCAUUAAAAUUUAAGAAGUCAAAACGAAGAAAAGAAGAUGGUGAACGUUCCCGCUGCGUAUACUGCCAGGAAAGGUUUAAUCAUGAAGAAAAUGGCAGGGGAAAAUGUCAGGAUGCUCCAGACCCUAUUAAAAGAUGCAUAUAUCAAGUUAGUUGCAUGCUCUGUGCAGAGAGCAUGUUAUAUCAUUGUAUGUCAGACUCAGAGGGAGAUUUUUCUGAUCCCUGUUCAUGUGACACUAGUGAUGACAAGUUCUGCUUACGAUGGUUAGCCCUAGUAGCUUUGUCUUUCAUUGUACCAUGUAUGUGCUGCUAUGUCCCUUUGAGAAUGUGCCAUCGUUGUGGUGAGGCGUGUGGGUGCUGUGGCGGGAAACAUAAAGCUGCUGGAUGA